UAAACCUCAGAAAAGAAGAAGAAGAAGAAGAAGACGAAGAAGACGUAGAAGACGUAGAGGUAGAAGAGGAAGAAGAGGAAGAGUGUGGUUGAGGUUUUGGGUGUUUGUGCUGCAAACCGACAGGAAGGAACCAUGGCUGCACUUUUCAAAGCACGGAGAGUGAUCGGCUUGUGUCUCAGUGGACAGAGGAGAAUGUCUCAGCUGGCAGAGUUACCGGAGACACAUCAGUUACUGAGACAGACGUGCAGAGACUACGCUGACAGAGAACUGUUGCCCAUCGCUGCCAGACUGGACAAAGAGCACAGUUACCCAGUCAAACAGAUCCAAGAGCUUGGGGCGAUGGGAGUGAUGGCCAUGGAGGUGCCAGAGGAGUUGGGUGGUGCUGGGAUGGACUACCUGGCGUACAGUCUGGCUAUGGAGGAGAUCAGCAGGGGCUGUGCCAACACGGGAGUCAUAGUCUCUGUGAACAAUUCUCUCUACAUCGGACCAAUUCUAAAGUUUGGUUCUGAGGAACAGAAGAAACAGUGGAUCACACCGUUCACCACCGGAGAGAUGGUGGGCUGUUUCGCCCUCAGUGAGCCAGGUAACGGCAGUGACGCAGGAGCAGCCUCCACAAUGGCUCAUCAGGAGGGAGACGAGUGGGUGCUGAACGGAACCAAAGCCUGGAUCACCAACAGCUGGGAGGCCUCUGCCACCGUGGUGUUUGCCACCACGGACAAGAAACUGAAACAUAAGGGUAUCAGUGCCUUCAUGGUCCCCAUGCCACACCCAGGCCUCACACUGGGGAAGAAGGAAGAUAAGCUGGGCAUCAGAGCCUCGUCCACUGCCAACAUCAUCCUGGAGGACUGCAGGAUACCAAAGGGCAACUUGUUGGGUCCUCGUGGAGCAGGUUUUAAGAUUGCCAUGCAAACUCUGGACAGCGGACGCAUCGGUAUUGCAUCUCAGGCUCUCGGUAUCGCUCAGGCUUCUCUGGACUGUGCUGCGGACUAUGCACAGAAGAGAACCGCGUUCGGAACCCCCAUCGGCAAACUGCAGGCCAUACAGUUUAAACUGGCUGACAUGGCUGUUGCAGUGGAGAGUGCUCGUCUGCUCACCUGGAAGGCUGCGCUUCUUAAAGAUUCAAAUAAAUCCUACACUAAGGAAGCAGCCAUGGCUAAACUGGCAGCAUCUGAAGCCGCCACCUUCUGCUCUCAUCAGGCCAUCCAGGUUCUGGGCGGCAUGGGCUACGUGACGGACAUGCCGGCCGAGCGGCACUACAGAGACGCGCGCAUCACCGAGAUCUACGAGGGCACCAGCGAGAUCCAGAGACUGGUCGUAGGCAGCCACGUACUGAAGGAAUACCAGCUGUAAACACAACUGUCAGGAAGACAGGUCAGGACGUCAGUCCACAGAGUGUGAGAUAUUAUGUACAAGUAAUAUACUGUAAUUAUCUUGUUAUUCCAAGAUUAGAGAUGACACUUUAGGACUUUAUAGAAGAUUCAGAUGAUUUUUACCUGACCUUCCUUACCUCACUGAAGGUGCAAGGACAUUCUGUUUAUAUGCACACACAUACACAUACACGUGUGUGUGUGUGUGUGUGUGUGAGUGCUGCCUUCCAGGAGACAUCAUUGUGUUUAAAUGGUCAGUAUAUAAGAAAAUACCAGUUUCUCACUGUGAUAUUGAGCCAGAGUAGAAUCUGUUUUUACACGUGAGAAAUCAACCUCUGCCUUUUAAAGGUCCAGUGUGUAACAACAUCACCACCACCUCAUGUCCAGGUUAGUAACAGAUUGUAAAAGAAUAAUAUGUAUAAUAAAUAUAGAGAGGGGCCACACGGUUAGUGUAGUGGUCAGCACUCUUGCCUUUGCAGCAAGGAGACUCCAGUUUGAGCCGCCGAACAAGGGCCUUUCUGCAUGGAGGUCACAUGUUCUCCCCGUGUGUGUGUGUGCGUGACACGGCGCGACCCUCCUGAGGAUACAGCGGUAGAAAAUGGAUGCAUAAAGCGAGGCCCUUAUCUCAGCCUUAUUCUAACUCUCUUUUUCCUUCGUUUGAAAGCAAUAACACACUGAUAGAAACAUAUUUAUGGCUAUAGUAUGUUCAAAUUCUGCCUUUAAACCCUCCUAAAUGUUGCACACUGGAUCUUGAAUAGGAUAUUUCACGUUUUUUGUGUGCGUGUGCGACGUCACCAUGUAUGCCUCCAAUGUGCUGACACACACACUCACACUGGCUCUCUUUUUCACCAACCAACCCAGAAUGUUAGAGUCUGUUUUCCAUCUAAUCAGGGCCCGUUUCAGAAAGCAGGUUUAGUGAAAACUCUGAGUUAGUUAACCCUGAGAUGAGGGAAACUCUGGUUUUUCGCUUUCACAAAGCCAGUUCAGCUUAACUCUUAGUCAGUUACCCCGGCAACAUACUCUGUGAACCUAUUUCCACUGGCCCUACCCGCCUCGGCACGGCACGACGCGGUUUAUGUCGCAUCUCCACUACACAUCCAUUAUUACAAGCCUGUACGUCUACUUACCUCCACACACGCAUCAAAUCAACCAAAAAACCAUAUUUUAGAGACGCCCCCCAGGCUGAUCAUCACUGUAGACACUUUCUGUUACUGUAGACAUUGUUGUGAAUGUUCCUAUCAUAGAUCACAUCAUGAUGAUGUGAAUAUUUUUGAUGCAGCUGGAAACUUUAACUUCACUGUAGUUUAGAGGUGACUCUUUGAAUCUAAGCUGGAGACAAAAUCUUAAUGUUUGACAGCAUUUCAGUGACUGCGUUUAUAUUUACACGUCGAAAUAUAGUCAUGAAAAAUGUUUUCAUGUAAAAUAGAGUCAAAGAUGGAGUACUUCAGUUGGACUUUAUCAUUAUAGUAAGUAUAAGUAAACUAUGUUUUCUCAGUUUGAUUCAUAUUCUCAUCUUCAGUUUCUCUCUCGUCAGGUUACAGCUGAAUAAAUAUCAAAUCAAAUGAAACAUAAUGUUAGGACUGCAGCAUUUUAACAUCCAUUAAUGAAAUGAUAGUCUGUUAAAUGAUGAAUGAGUGGAUUACACUGUAUAAAAUGAAAUAGUGAUCAUAUUGACUCCUCUUCACUCCUGUUUUUGAAGAUAAUGUGCUGUGCUCUUUGUUUACCUGUUGCCGUGGUGAAUCGUAGUAUCAGAGCUCCAUUGAUGAUGGCUUUUUUCAUUCCCAACACACACGCUUAACUCAGAGUUGAUUGAAGUAAUGCUGAUCAGCAAAACUCAAGAGUUUGACAGCUCAGAGUUGGUCAACCUAGAGUUAAGGUUCUAACUCAGAGUUUGUUGAACCUGCUUCCUCAAACGGGCCCCUGCUGUUGAUUGUAUGAUAUUUAUUUUGAUGGACGCUCGUCACAUAUUUCAGUGAGAAUGUUUGAUCAGCAGGGGGCGACGCUGUGUCUCGUGUCGUCUCGUCAGUGAAAUGGAAGCAUGGCCUCACUCAGCUGUGGAUGAUGUGACCUCAGACUCAAAAGUGUUGACCCUGUGACCUCUCCAGUGUCAUGACCUGUAAUUACCUCACACACACACACAUCUGCGGUGCCUCUGUGAUCUGUACAUUGUAAAAUGACUGUAAAUUAUUGUCCAAAUGAUAAUAAACGGCAGAAUUUGGCAUUUGUUA